AUGGGGGUGGUGAACGCCGUGCACUGGUUCCGCAAGGGGCUCCGGCUGCACGACAACCCCGCGCUCCGCGAGUGCAUCCAGGGCGCCGACACCAUCCGCUGCGUCUACAUCCUCGACCCCUGGUUCGCCGGCUCGUCCAACGUGGGCAUCAACAGGUGGCGAUUUUUGCUUCAGUGUCUUGAAGACCUUGAUGCUAAUCUACGAAAAUUAAACUCUCGCCUCUUUGUGAUUCGUGGCCAGCCAGCAGAUGUGUUUCCUAGACUUUUCAAGGAAUGGAACAUUACUAAACUCUCAAUUGAGUAUGAUUCUGAGCCCUUUGGAAAAGAGCGAGAUGCAGCUAUUAAGAAACUGGCUACUGAAGCUGGAGUAGAAGUCAUUGUACGGAUUUCACAUACAUUAUAUGACCUGGACAAGAUCAUAGAACUCAAUGGUGGACAGCCGCCUCUUACUUAUAAAAGAUUCCAGACUCUCAUUAGCAAAAUGGAACCAUUAGCGAUACCAGUGGAAACAAUUACUUCAGAAGUGAUAGAAAAGUGCACAACUCCUCUGUCUGAUGAUCAUGAUGAGAAAUAUGGAGUCCCUUCCCUGGAAGAACUAGGUUUUGAUACAGAUGGCUUACCCUCUGCAGUGUGGCCAGGGGGAGAAACUGAAGCUCUAACUCGUUUGGAAAGACAUUUGGAGAGAAAAGCUUGGGUAGCAAACUUUGAAAGACCUCGAAUGAACGCAAAUUCCCUGCUUGCUAGCCCUACAGGACUUAGUCCUUAUCUUCGAUUUGGCUGUUUGUCAUGUCGACUUUUUUACUUCAAACUAACAGACCUCUACAAAAAGGUAAAGAAGAACAGUUCCCCUCCACUUUCACUUUAUGGACAAUUAUUAUGGCGUGAAUUUUUCUAUACAGCAGCAACAAAUAAUCCACGCUUUGAUAAAAUGGAAGGAAACCCCAUCUGUGUUCAGAUUCCUUGGGAUAAGAAUCCUGAAGCGUUAGCAAAGUGGGCAGAAGGCCGGACAGGCUUCCCAUGGAUUGAUGCCAUCAUGACACAACUUCGUCAGGAGGGAUGGAUUCACCAUUUAGCUAGACAUGCAGUAGCUUGCUUCCUGACACGAGGUGACCUGUGGAUUAGUUGGGAAGAAGGAAUGAAGGUAUUUGAAGAAUUAUUGCUUGAUGCAGAUUGGAGCAUAAAUGCUGGAAGUUGGAUGUGGCUGUCUUGUAGCUCCUUUUUCCAGCAGUUUUUUCACUGCUAUUGCCCUGUUGGUUUUGGUAGGAGAACAGAUCCCAAUGGUGACUAUAUCAGGCGUUAUUUGCCUGUCCUUAGAGGUUUCCCUGCAAAAUAUAUUUACGAUCCCUGGAAUGCACCAGAAGGUAUACAAAAAGUAGCCAAAUGUUUGAUAGGAGUUAAUUAUCCUAAGCCUAUGGUGAACCAUGCUGAGGCGAGCCGUUUGAAUAUUGAGAGGAUGAAACAGAUCUAUCAGCAGCUUUCACGAUACAGAGGAUUAGGUCUUCUUGCAACAGUGCCUUCUAACCCUAACGGGAAUGGAAGCUUCAUGGGGUAUUCUCCUGGUGAAAAUGCCUCAGGUUGCAGCAGCAGUGGAAGUUACUUUCAAGGGAGUGGUAUUUUACAUUAUGCUUAUGGAGACAGUCAGCAAACUCAUUUAUUAAAGCAAGGAAGAAGCUCCUCAUGCGCUGGUCUCAGCAGUGGGAAACGUCCAAGUCAGGAAGAGGACAGGCAGAGUCCUAAAGUCCAGCGACAGACAGCUAACUAGGUAACUAUUUCAGCGCUGUAUAUCUUGCUUUGAGAAAACAUUUAGGAAGAAGAUGCUGUUGCAGCUGAAGUUGGUGGGGAGUUCAGUAGUUUUUCAGUUAAAUUAUUUAAAAAUGUUCUUCAUUGAUGGAAAAUAGUUACAUUUUAAAAUGCAUUGUUUCUAAUAACAUUUUUUGUGGUUUUUAACUUUUUAAUGAAUUUCACAUAGAAGAAAUGGUGAUUUGUAUAUAAAGAACUUGGUCAAAGAAUUUGCUUCAUGUAAAUAUAGUCACAAUUAGCAUAGACCCAUCAGUAUAUUUUUGAUAAUUUUUGAUGUACGGUAAAGCUUAAGGUUGCAAAUGGAUUUAUGAUAAAAAUAAGUUUUGAGAGUCAGUAUGGGAGAAUAAGAGGUUUUUAGAAAACUUUCUUAAGAGACUUUGUUAAAAUUUUAGGAUAACAUUUUCUUGAAACGGAUCUAUGUUUGCAAUCUUCAGUAAUGUUUUAGAAAAUGUGUGUAGUCAAAUUAGUAGUUAGAGCCUAUGUUACCAUAGACAGUAUGUGUUUUAACCCUUAUAUAUGACUGUGUUGACUCAAAACUUGUGGAAAUAUCUUGUGUUAUGUAGUCCUUGUCUCCUCCUGUUUGUUAACAGCUGAAGUGACCUUGUUAUUAAAGUACUCACAUGUAUGGA